CUAUCUUACCACAGAUCUAUAUGAGAAAAUUUUCUUUUUAUUUUAAUAUUGAAUAUAGUACUACUACUUAAUUAGAUCUUUAUAAUAACAAGGACAGCUGCGCGGCAAAUAAAUAGUUUGCCAACCCCCACGUUGAACCCCAGACCGGUCGUUGGUUAACCUUAAAGGUUGACUUUUCCUUUGGGAUCGAUGGGCUUAACCGCUAGAGCUUCCAGAUUUCAUUCUUCUAUUUUUCGACCCAAAUCUUUGCUACCCAGGCACCUUCACACCAUGAGAACAAGGACAAUUUUUGGGAUUUCCCUUUCCCUAAUCAUCAUCAACAUGGCCGCUAUAAUGGAGCGCGCUGAUGAGAAUCUCCUUCCAGCUGUUUACAAAGAAGUCAGUGAAGCUUUUACAGCAGGACCAUCUGAUCUUGGGUAUCUCACAUUCAUAAGGAACUUUGUGCAGGGAAUUGCAUCACCAGUGGCAGGUAUUUUAGUUUUAAAUUAUGACCGUCCCACGGUUCUUGCAAUUGGUAUCCUCUUCUGGGCCUUAUCAACCGGUGCAGUGGGUGCGAGUAAGUAUUUUCUGCAGGUUGCUUUCUGGAGAGCAGUAAAUGGUUUCGGUCUGGCAAUUGUGAUACCUGCACUGCAGUCCUUUAUAGCUGAUAGCUAUACGGAUGAAGUCAGAGGAACGGGAUUCGGAUUUCUUAAUCUAAUUGGUACUGUGGGUGGGAUAGGAGGCGGAGCUAUAGCUACAAUUAUGGCUGGUCAUGAAUUCUGGGGCAUACCAGGAUGGCGCUUUGCCUUUGUCGUGAUGGCAACUUUGAGUACUUUGAUAGGAGUUCUUGUUUUCUCUUUUGUUGUUGACCCAAGGAAAAAAGGCAGCGUCCAUCGUGAUAUUUCAAAGCAUUCUGAUAGGGAAGAAUUGAUAGAGAAGGGACGUUCAAAUAUCAAUUCAGUGUCAAUUUGGAUGGAGUCCUGGACAGCCAUGAGAAGUGUCAUCAAAGUCCAAACAUUUCAGUUCAUUGUUUUGCAGGGUCUAGUUGGAUCCCUACCUUGGACAGCCUUUGUUUUUUUUACAUUGUGGUUUGAAUUAAUUGGUUUUGAUCAUAAUAGUGCAGCAGCACUUGUCGGUCUAUUUGCUGCUGGAUGCGCAUUAGGAUCCUUUUUCGGUGGAGUAGUUGCAGACAGAAUGUCUCGAAUAUACCCUCAUUCAGGGCGUGUCAUGUGUGCUCAAUUUAGUUCUUUCACGGGCAUCCCAUUCUCAUGGUUCAUUCUCCGAGUUAUCCCCCAGUCUGUAAGCAGCUACUCCACAUUUGCUGUGACUUUAUUCAUAAUGGGCCUCACAAUCAGCUGGUGUGCUACGGCUACAAAUGGUCCAAUGUUUGCAGAAGUGGUGCCUUCAAAACACCGCACCAUGAUAUAUGCUUUUGAUCGUGCCUUUGAGGGUUCAUUUUCUUCAUUUGCUGCUCCAAUUGUAGGAAUUCUUGCCGAGAAAAUGUAUGGUUAUGAUGCCAAGUCAGUUGAUCCCUUAUUAGGAUCUACAAGAGAGGCUUUAGCAUUGUCGAAAGGCCUAUUUUCAAUGAUGGUUGUGCCUUUUGGUUUAUGUUGCUUGUUUUACACCCCUUUGUAUUGGACAUUCAAGCAGGACCGUGAAAAUGCAAGACUUGCUGCUGCAAAAGAAACAGAGAUGAUAUGAUGAUCCCACACUUGUCAUUUCUUUGUUAAUUCAUUCUUCUUGGACUCUGUGUCCAUCUGGCAAAGAUGUCAUAUGGUGGUCGCAGCAGGUUACUAAUCUCAUCUAACACAAAAAUGUACUGGUGCCGGAACAAGAGGAUGCAUUUACUUACCAAUGCACGCCAAUGCUCAAGUAGUUGCUUCUGUAAUGUCAGACUGGUUAGAGGGGGGAGGGAUGGAUUUCGCAUGUUUGUCUAUGUUACGCCUAAAACCUACCACUUUUCAAGUUAGAAGAAAGCAACACACUAAAUGUAUCCUCUUCAAGAUCGGUUCAGUGUCUAAUAUUAAAGUUGAAAUUGUUUAUACAAAACAAUAGGGUUUUAACGUGACAUCUUUUUACCUUCACCCUUUGCAAUGGAGGCGGGAUAGAUAGUUAAUUU